UGUUUUCGAAUUUCGAUCAUUUACACUCUUCUAAACCACCGUUUUAUAUUCCGGUUGCCUGCUACCUCACUGGACCUCGGACCCAUUAAUCCCCUCUGUACUAUGGACACCCUAUUAACUGCGGAUAUUGUUGCUAACUCCCCUCGAUUCCGGCGAAAGUCGUCAACAUUUGUUGAUGCAAUUCAUGAUCUGCCCGAAAAGGCCGAUUUAGCACCGGCUCAGUUGUAUAGUACAGAGUCUGGCCGACUUUUCCACUCGGGCCGGAUUGUUAUUAUUACUGUGGGCUUACCAGCGAGGGGCAAGACGUUUGUUUACCAAAAACCCGCCGUAUUUAUACUAGCGCCAUUACUGACCUAUCGCGCCAAUCUUAGACAUAUAUCGGUAGCUCUGGCGCGCUAUCUUCGGUGGUUGGGCGUUAAGACCAGGAUCUUCCACCUUGGAGACUACAGGCGUGCUACUAUCCCAGUUGGUCAGGAUAUCCCUGAUGAUUACUUCUUUGUUAACGCAUCUGCUUCCUCCGUACUUUUGAGACAAAAAAUUGUAAAACGGUGCCGGGAAGACAUAUAUCAAUUUCUGAACGAUGAAAAUGGCCAGAUAGCAAUAUAUGAUGCUGUGAACCCCUUAGCUUCGGGACGACGAUCGCUUGCGAAGGAGUUCGCUAAGCAUGAUAUUGAGGUAUGCAAAUACUCAUCCCUUGUGACCAUGCAUGUACAGCGCUUACGAGUUUCCGCGGAUAAGACCCUCUUUAUUGAGUCCUGGUGCGAUGAUGAGCGCAUUAUCGAAGAGAAUGUCCUUCGUGUAAAAAUAUCUUCACCUGACUAUGUAGGCUGGACCUCGGAGGAGGCAGUGAAGCACUAUUUGACCCGUAUAAACGCUCGGAUCCCUCAAUUCCAGACGAUGGAGGAAAAAGAUCUGAAUUAUAUCAAGAUGAUCAAUGCUGGCGAAAGGCUGAUUGUUAACAAUCGAAGUUUUGGUUAUCUUUCCCAUCGGAUCGUUUUUUAUCUUCUCAACCUUCACAUAAAAUCUAGACAUACAUAUUUCGCACGGGCCGGUGUUUCCCUGGAAGCGGACUCUUACAAAGCCGAUGCUUCCUUGUCAGAACAAGGAGAGGACUAUGCUAAGAAAAUGACUGAAUGUCUAUUGAGGCACAGAGAGUCUGAGAAGCAAGCAACAAUCGACCAAGGAGAGACAGACUAUGAGUUGAAACCUUUGACAGUUUGGACUUCCACCAGGCGUAGGACAAUCGAAACUGCAAAGUAUCUUCACGAGACAGGAUACAAAGUCCGACAGAGAUCACAACUGAGCCAGUUGAACCCAGGUGUUUGCGAAAAGAUGUCAGAAAAGAAGAUUCGCGAGGAAUAUCCAGACGAGGUGGCAAAGCAUGAAUUGGACCCUUAUCACCAUAGGUACCCUCGGGCAGAGUCGUAUCACGACCUUGCUGUGCGCCUUGAGCCUAUAAUAUUGGAGCUUGAACGUGAGCAGAAUGACCUCCUCAUUAUUGCACAUGAAAGUGUCCUAAGGGUUCUAUACGGCUAUCUUAUGGCAUGCAAUGCGGCGGAUAUUCCAUUCCUAGAGUUCCCCCGAGACGAGAUAAUUGAGAUCAUCCCGGAGAGCUACCAAAAUGAGGCUCGCAGGAUCCAUAUUCCGGACCUCCCCAAGGAAAUCAUCCCUGGGUCACCCCAAGACAUCAAAAUACCCGUGCCCCCCAGUGGGGUCACAACCCCUUUGGUUGGAGGAUUAAGUAGUCCACAAGAAGGGUUUUCGACGCCACAAAGCGGACUUCGGACCCCUCGGGAGCCUGAGAGAAUAUCCCAGCAGCAUGUUGAGGAUGUCGUUUAAUCCUAUGCUAGUACAGCCGGGUUUUGAAGAGCAGCGAACAUAGUCACUACCCUGAUCCUAUCAUCUUUGUGGCAUCAAUGGUGGUGAUUGAGAACAUAGAUUAUAAG